AUGGUAUAUCAAGAUGCAAUCCCCGACUACAUACAGGCGAGAGGAUCAGUGGCACUAGAAGCAUACAGGCGAGCACUGAAUACAGGCGAAACUUUCGAUAAAAGUACCAAACUUGUGGUGAUUGGUCAGGACCGUGUAGGCAAAACAAGUAUAGAAAGGUACCUCGAUUCUGUCAAGAACGCAGGAAAAGGGGCAUGGAGGAAACCAGUCCCACUCGAACACACAAGUGCACUUGACCACAAGUGCGCAGAAGUGGUUGCACAGGAGUUACUCGGCAGCUCCAAGGAACGAUCAGAUAAGGCUCAACUGUUAACUGGGGUAGGAAAGAAGACGAGAGGCACAGAAAAAGUAUUCCAGGAAGUCAAAAGUGAGCGAAAACCAGAAGAAGUACCCACGAAAGUCCUUUCCCUCAAAGAGCGUAGCCCCAACGGAAACGAUACCUCCGACAAUGAGGAUAUAUGGUUUUUUCCAAGGGAUUUCGUUAGCCAGGAGGUAUACCAUGCCAUUCAUCCCAUUUUCCUACCGCAAGAAGCCAUAUAUGUCCUAGAGUCAGAUCUUACCCUGGAGUCAAGUGCUCCUGCCCAAUGUCGGAUAAGACCGCCUAAUCACGAUGAAAGAGUGGUAAACUCGCCUUACAUCCAGGACACUAAUCUCGAUCACACGAUGAGAUGGCUGGACUUUGUACAGUCUUUGGGACGGCCAGGGUUUCAGAGAAAUUCGGCAAAUACUAACGAAGUUUUGCCGCCUGUGGUGCUUGUGGGUACACAUGCUGAUGGUGUAAGGGAUCCUCGCAAGGAAAUGAAAUCUGUGAUGAGAACCAUUUGCAGCAUGGCUCUUCCAGCAACCCUACACCAUAUUUCAAAAGAAUCAUUCUUCAUAGGUAACACAAAUCCAGACAGAGAAGAAGAUCCACAGAUUGUUUCUUUGAGUAAGUAUUUAUCGGAUCUGGCUGAAAAAAUGCCACAUAUCAACAAGGUAAUCCCUGUGCAGUGGCUCCGUGUGGAACAAAAAGUCGACGAAAUGGUGAAAAAAGGGAUGCCUUAUGUUGGUAAGAAGUGUUUUACAAAGGAUAUUUCUGGAGGCAUUUGCCAGUUUAAUGAUACAGAUGACGUCGAAGAAUUGCUACACUUUUUACAAGCUCGUGGAAGAGUUAUCUACCAAGAUCUCCCUGAAAAUCCAGAUGGUUUGGUCGUACUGUAUCCGCAGUGGUUAAUUCAAACACUAUGUAAGAUAAUUACGGUGAGUCCAUCAUGGGAAAACGACUUUAUCAUCGACAAAGAUUACGAUAAAGUUGAAAAAGAGGGACUGCUUUCGCAGCAGUUGCUAAAUCUAGCGUUUGAACACCUUAAAUUGAAUGAUAUAAGGGAUUCACUGAUUCAUAUCAUGGAAAGAUUUGGUGUCAUAUGCAACUCUAAGAACCAGAAGGGGGAAGAUUACCCUUAUUUUGUUCCAUGUUUGUUAGGAUCACCGAGGAAGAAUGCGAGGGGCACAAACAUGCGCAAUGGGCCUUUGCCCGUAUUUCUCACAUUUAACACCAACUACAUUCCAAGCGGGCUGUUUUGGAGACUGGUUGUACAUUUUUGGGAAUGGGCCUCACAAUUAUGUGACUCCAGUAUAACCCCCUCGUUGUUUACAUACACCGUCAGAUUCAAUGUCAGUGAAGUGUACCACCUCACUAUAGAGUGUCACAAAACUGUGAUUGAGUUGAAAAUCUGGACACUGCAAGACUCGGACAAAACGGAAGAGAAAAGAAUUUGCGAAGAAUUAUUGAGUCUUCUGGAGCGUUGCAAGACUAGGCUAAGCUCCACCUGUCUGUGGUUACGAUCAGUCACGAGGGAAUUGUCUUUGAAAUGCCCGUUGUGUGAACCUUGUCCAGAUAAGUAUCGUGACGGAACUAAUAUUUGCUUAUUGCACAAAAAGGAAGGCUGCUCUCAUUUUGACUGUGGCCACUAUAUUCCGUUAAGAAGCUUUGGCCUGAGCUGUGAACACUCUGUUGAUGAUGUUCCCGACUAUCCUGCAGAAAAACUGGAUCCUUGGGUUCAAGCUUUGGAAUCCAUUAAACGUAAGAAACGAACUGCUGGUUCUACUGAACAUUUGCGUCGGCCAAAGGUGAAACGUCGUAAUGAAGAUUCGUCUCCGAGUGACACCUCAACUCCAAAGAAAGGAAAAACUCGUUUCACAGUCAAGCAAGGAGUUCCCACUGACAAAGAUUUAGAGUGGCUUUCGCGCAAAAUCAAAAAUUGGGAGGUACUCGGGCGUCGUCUUGAAAUUGAGGAUGCAACAUUAUCGGGGUUUGACGAUGACUAUAGGAAAAAGCGUGAAAAAAUCUACAACAUGUUACUGCAUUGGAAAGAGAGGGAUGGCUCAGCUGCAACAUUUACGAUCUUACAUGAUGCACUCUGUCAUCCGUUUGUUAAUCGUACAGAUUUAGCUGAGCAACUUUGCUGUCAACAACAUGAAUGA